GAUAGAUAGUAGAGAGAUGAUGAUGGCUCAUAGUAUCACUCAAGAACAAACCAUUCACUUCAACACAAAAAAUGGCUUCAAUCACCAAAGUGAUUCUUCUUUAUUCUCCUCUUACCUCCAAAACUUCAUUUCUUCCUAAAUCACCUUCACUUUCUCACACCAUUCUCUCUCCCAAAACAAGUCUCAAAGUUCAUGCUCAAUUAGGUGGUCGAGAUGAAGAAACAAAGAAAGCAGAAAAAAAGAAAUUCAUAACCAAAGAACAAGAACCUGAACAAUAUUGGCAAUCAGCAGGAGAGAGAGAAGGAGAGAAUCCAAUGAAGACACCACUUCCUUACAUUAUCAUAUUUGGUAUGUCAACUCCUUUUGUAAUCUUAGCCAUUGCUUUUGCAAAUGGUUGGAUUAAGGUACCUAUUAGAUAAGAUCAAACAAACCAAACACUUCCUUAAAUUAUGUUCUGUCCACCAAUUUUAUUUAAGCACAAGUACUUCUCAAGCUUGAGUAAAUAAUUUAUUUACUUUUUUUUUUCUUUCAUAUAUGUAAUGUACAAACAUUAUGUUAUAAAUAAAUAUUCAAUUUCAUAUA